AUGAACAAAGAUUUCGGUUUCAGUGGAACCAAAAAGAUAAAUAACUUGAACUUUUAUUGUUUAAAUGAAAUAUUUCGUCAGAUCGAAAUUAACUGCGCUGCCAGUGAUAGCAAGGAUUAUUUGUUAAAGUACAUUGAUCUUAUCCACUUUACAACCAGCUGCGAGAGAUUCACCAAAGUGUUCAAAGAAUGGAGCCCCGAUCUUUACCAGAAACUAUGCAUUCAAAAUAUCUUUUUAAAUAGUUCUCCUAGGAUAGAGAUCGAUUUCUCCAACCUACAUGCCCAUAUGCAAAAACUUUCGGUUAAAGAAAAGAAAAUAUUCUGGACUGAUUAUCUCAAUAACAUCAAGGAGAAUGAACAACUGGAAUCCUUAAAACUUAUUUAUGAACCAACGCGUUACUACCGUGAACAUUUAGACCUAUUCGAAGACCUCAUAAAAAGCCUCAAAAAUAAGACAAAAUUACGGGAGCUUAUUGUUAAAGUAAAAGGAUAUAGAUUUGAAAGUGUUCCGGAGAUCAGGCAUCUGGAAGUCCUCCAACUAGAUGUCCCAAUGGAUGCCAAUAUCCUGCGCCAGUUCUGCGAAUCAAAUCCAAAUUUACGCAAACUCAAGCUGGGCAGCAACCAUUUAUAUGGCAGAUUAUCGGAUAUAGUGCCGUAUUGCAACCAACUAGAGUACCUGAGUUUUCCGAUGAAGCUGGGUGUAGAUGCCGCUGAGUAUGCGGCACUUGCCCAACUUCCAAUACUCCAAGAACUAAUACUUUUUGGCGAGCAUCAGGAGGGAUCGCUAGUGAAGCUUUUUCAAGGACUAGCAGAGAAGCAGAUCGGAGCCAUGGGCAUCUACCAAAAAGGUAUGCAGGAGAUAUCACUAUUGAAGCAGGUCCGAAGGAUAUGCAUCCCAGAAACGUAUGUCAGCACCGAUGAGGCCUUUGCCCUGGUCUCAAACCCCCUGUUGGUCUCACUCAAGUGCUGCUUGAGGGAUGUGUCCAUUUAUCCGGACUUACCUUUAAACGGAAACCUCACUGAUAUCUGCCUUAUAAAGGAUCCAAGGAUAUAUGAUUACGAAAUGGAUCGCCUUAGAGUUACUUUGCGAGGAAAUCGCAUUUCAAACGAGGAGGCAGAUGCAUUCUAUCAAUCGUGGAAGUCCAAAGAUUCAGAGCUAGAGUUGAAAGCUUUAAACCAAGAUUAUGGACAUGUUCAUCGUCUUCGCAUCGAGGGUAAAUAUGAAACCACCACUUUGUCUUCUGUAAUAUCAUCUCUAUCCUUUCUGUACUUCAUCGAGAAGAUAGUUCUCUAUAAGAACGAUCCGAUUUCCGAGGAAGAAAUUGCCACGAUGGCUGCCAUACCGACGCUUACCACCAUCCGCUGUUCCUUUCGGCAGAUACAGAAUAUGAUCGUCGUCAAAUUGCGACAGCUCGAAAGUAUAACUGAGGCAGCGAGACGAGUGGAUCGCAUCAGAACCGAAUUUUUCGAGAUUCGUUUGAUCCAUGGACACGAGUCAGUGACUCUAAGUCUGGACUUUUUCGAAAAGGCUUAUGGAUUUAAUGCGAGAAUCUUUGCACCACUAGCAAAUGUGCGAAACAUACAACGGCUUGUGAUCAAGGGGAUCUCCAUAAACGGCUCAUUAGUAGCGCUAAUCAAAAGUUUUACCUCCUUGGAAAUGCACAUUCUGCAAGAAUUGGAAGCUGAAUUCCUCGAUCCAGAAGAGCUGGCCGAGAUGGUACAAAUCCGUAGCCUAAGGAUCCUAAAGUGCGGUUUCUUUUGUUCCAGGAAUAUUGAUAAGCUGGCCGCGUUGAGUCAACUCGAGACGUUAAUCCUCACCGUCCACCCACAAGGAUCUCUGAGAAAGUUUUUUAAGAUUCUUGCCUCCAAAGAGGUUCCAAUGCUUAAAAGCCUCAUUAUUCAGAGGACAAAACUGGUUUCCAAAGAAAUUGUCGAGCUUGCUGGCCUAAGAUCCUUGGAGAGAUUGCAGCUGGGCCUGCCAAAAGUACAAAAUUGGUCGCAGUCCGUAUCUGGAAAAACUGAAAAUGACGGCAUUAACUAUUGUCAAAAGUGCCGUUUGCCCCCGAGUUCAUCUAGUUAUGUAGAUCAUCAAAUCCAUUUUCAUACUCUGACUUCUGGGCAGUUUGUUUUUUUAACGGAAUUGUAUGAUAGCUUAACCCCGGUCAACUUGGAACUAUUGGGAAAUCUGCCAAACCUACAAGAACUUAGUAUUUACUUUGAUUACAAAGCCCAAGCUGUGGAAAAUCUGUUGAGGACUUUUGCAUUGAAGUCCCCUCAAAAGCUGCAAAAACUUUCAUUUUCAUCGCAAGACUUUAGGUUGAUUGGGAUUUUAGAGGACUUGCAGUCGCUCGAGUGUGUUUUCUACCACAUGAAAGACAUUGAAUGCAUAGCACUUCUCGGAAAUCUUACAGAGUUACAGAUAAAUAACCCCUUGGAUAUUUCUUUGUGGGAGCUCAUCAAGGAACUCAAGAUUUUACCGAAUCUUCAGUGUUUGCUUUUUAAUGAUACAGAUCUGGUAUUUUUUGAUCUUGUGGAACUAACGAACUUAAAAAGACUCAAGCGCUUAAGACUUGGCCUCGCCGUUAAAACGUUUGUCUUUAUGCUGAUCCAAUUGAAAAAUCUCGAAGUUUUGGAAAUCACAUCGACUCAUUACGCGACGAUAGAUGAAAGCAACUUUAUUUAUUCAUUUCUCGUGUCAUGCCCAAAUCUUAGAUCGAUAUCUCUGUAUCGAUACUAUGGCUUCAUAACACAAGCGUAUGUGAAUGGCAUAAUAAACCAUUGUAAGAUUUUUAGAAAUCCGAACAAGGACCCGUUAUUCAAAUUGCGUGGGAUAUGGAGUGAUUUUACAAGUUUAAGUCAGUUGUGCAAAUACAAUGAAGAGUUUAUGGAAUUAGUGCGGGUUGAUAACACUUAUCAACAUGGUGAAGAGUCCGAUGAAGACUGUGAUAUUGCCACUUAA